AUUAACCCCCUAACUCUUAUUAUUAUCAUAUUUACUCUAUUUAUAGGCACGAUAAUCACAGUAUUUAGCUCCCACUGACUAACUAUAUGAAUCGGAUUAGAAAUAAACAUACUAGCAAUUAUCCCUAUUCUAAUCAACAAAGCCACCCCACGAUCAACAGAAGCUGCAACCAAGUAUUUUCUAACACAAGCCACAGCAUCUAUAAUCUUAAUAAUAGCUAUUACACUUAAUAUCCUUGACUCCGGACAAUGAACCCUAAUUAAUCCACAGAAUCAACUUACUCCAGUCCUAAUUACACUGGCACUAAUCAUUAAACUAGGAAUAGCCCCCUUCCACUUCUGAGUACCAGAGGUCACCCAAGGAGUUCCCCUAAAAUCAGGAUUAAUCCUUCUCACGUGACAAAAAUUAGCCCCCCUAUCCAUCCUUUACCAAAUCUCCCCAUCAAUUAAUCCAACUAUAAUAAUAUCAGUAGCCAUUCUAUCAAUUAUAGUUGGCGGUUGAGGUGGACUAAACCAAACCCAACUACGAAAAAUCCUAGCAUACUCUUCAAUCGCCCACAUAGGAUGAAUAGCAGCUAUCAUCACAUUUAACCCAAAUACUAUAGUCCUAAACCUAAUUAUCUAUAUUCUCAUGACAAUCCCUAUAUUCAUAAUAUUCAUACAGCACUCAAGUACGACCACUCUAUCACUAUCACAGAUGUGAAACAAAAAUCCACUAAUAGUAUCUACUAUCCUAAUCACCCUAAUAUCCCUAGGAGGCCUGCCCCCACUCACAGGUUUUAUCCCUAAAUGAAUUAUCAUCCAGGAAUUAACAAAAAAUGGCAAUAUCAUUUUACCCACCGCUAUAGCCAUGCUUGCCCUCCUAAAUCUAUAUUUUUAUAUACGCCUUAUCUAUUCUUCCUCACUAACUAUAUUCCCUACCACCAACAAUCUAAAAAUAAAAUGACAAUUUGAAUCAACAAAACGCAUACCCCUCAUCACUCCACUAAUUAUUUUAUCAACUAUACUCCUCCCCCUCACACCAGCACUCUCAGUAUUAAAUUAA